UCCAGAGGCGUGCGCGGCCGACGACGAGCGAAGGCGCUUCCCGAGAUAACAACAACAACAACAGCAGCAGCGGCAAUUAAUAAAUUAGAGUGGAAUCUGCCAAUCGUACAAUCGACCAACGCCGCAUCCGACGGGCGGAAUAGUCGGGGGCGCGAGUAGCUUUGGAGCGAUGGCCGCGAACGCGUUACAAGUUGCGGCGUGUUUACGUUGAACCUUAAAUUAAACUUCUUGACCGCCUCCCGUCAAGUGGCGAGUUGUGGAGAGGGGCAGGAGAGGGCCACAAAGGCCUGGCCCGAGGCCUCCCUCUGCCUAACAUAGCCGCAUACUUAUACCGGAGUUUUAAGCGGUCGUCGGAGCAUUACCACCGUUGUGUGUGUGUGUGUAUAGAGCGUCGUUUCUUAUGCGUGGGGGCGAACAUUGAUUGCAAUCGGUGGGCUGACGGCAACAUUAAGUUCUGCUCUUCCUCAUGAAGUUAUUUCCCUACUCGUUGUUUCAGUAGCGUUGUAAUCGUUAGUGGGCGCAGCAAUGUCGUACUUUCGCAAGAUCUUCAAGCUGGGCUCUGAGAGGAGGAAGCCGAAGCAGUACGACCACGUCCGGCGGGACGUGGACCCGGCAGAGCUGUGGAGUGUGAUCGGCGAACUUGGUGAUGGGGCCUUCGGAAAGGUCUACAAGGCCCAAAACAAGGAAUCAGGUGUGCUGGCAGCUGCAAAGGUGAUUGAGACGAAGAGUGAAGAAGAGCUGGAGGACUACAUGGUUGAGAUUGAGAUAUUGGCCCUUUGUGACCACCCUAAUAUUGUGGGACUCCUCAAUGCCUUCUACUAUGAAAACAAGCUAUGGAUUUUCAUUGAAUUCUGCCCUGGAGGAGCUGUAGAUGCUAUUAUGCUUGAGCUGGAGCGUGGGUUGGCGGAGCCUCAGAUUCGUGUGGUGUGCAAACAGAUGCUGGAAGCAUUGAACUACUUGCACACUCACCACAUUAUCCACAGAGAUCUGAAGGCUGGAAACAUCCUGCUUACCUUCGAAGGAGAUGUAAAACUAGCUGACUUUGGAGUAUCUGCAAAAAACACAAGGACGUUACAACGCAGAGAUUCGUUUAUAGGAACCCCAUAUUGGAUGGCUCCAGAAGUGGUGAUGUGUGAAACUAUGAAAGACGCACCGUAUGAUUACAAAGCUGACAUCUGGUCCUUGGGCAUUACUCUCAUUGAGCUGGCUCAAAUGGAACCACCCAACCAUGAACUCAAUCCAAUGCGAGUCAUGCUGAAGAUUGCCAAAAACGAUCCACCCUCACUUUCCUUCCCAUCUAAAUGGUCCGCAGAAUUCACUGACUUUCUGAAGAAAUGUCUUGAUAAAAAUCCCGAGACAAGAUGGAAUGCAAUCCAGUUAUUACAGCACUCUUUUAUUAGCGGUGUGGACAGCAACAAGCCUCUACGGGAGCUGAUCGCAGAAGCAAAGGCCGAGGUCAUGGAGGAGAUUGAGGAAGACAAUGAAGAGGAGGACAUGGAGACACCUUCUCCAGGAACAGGGCAUAAGCGAGCUCCUUCGGAUAUCAGUGUGGCAAGCUCUGAGGAUGAAAAACUGUCGCAACAGUCACCGGUACGGGGAUUAGCAUCUGUUACUGAAAAUAAUGAAGAGGAGCAGGAGGCAGCUGAGCAGCCGGAGACUGAUGGGGAUGGUCAGUUACCAAUGGAUGAAUCUACCACAGUAGAAAAUGGAAUUUCUGAAAAGUCUACAAGUGGCAAGGAUCAGCAAGAAAAUGAGAAUGAAGAGGUGGGUGAUGAGACGAGCGAGCGAUCGUUGUCAGAUGAGGGGAUUGGGAGCAGUGAGGGAGAACGUGCGGAGAGUGACCGGUCUGCAGAGCCUCACGUGUCUGAUGAAGAUGCAACUCCCAUAAUGGAACAAUCCACAGCAGACCUGGCCUUGGCGGACAAGGCUGAGAAUUCCCUGCCUGAAGCAACUGAGCCUACGGAAGAGCCCAGGAUGGAUAAAAGCAUGCCGAAUGACCAACCUGAGUCCUCCAUUAUAACAGCUUCUGUAACGGAGAACUCUGACAAGCCUCUCAACUUCCAGGAAAGAGAAGCUGAUGUGCAAGAGACGGGCGAAGCCAAAAAUAUAAAAGGAACAGAACUUCCAGAGUCUCCGUCUCUUUUAUCAACUGGCAGUGAGCGGAGGGAUAAAGAGCGAGACUCAGACUCUGGAAGUCUAUCCAUGUCAGACAGCACCAGUGGAGAUCUCAACCUCUCCAUUUCGGCCACCAUCACCCGCAAUCGAGAAACUGGCUCAAUUUCGAUCCAGGAGUCGCACAAACAGAAGAAGACGCUCAAGAGGACGAGAAAGUUUAUUGUUGAUGGAGUAGAGGUCAGUGUGACAACAAACAAAAUAAUUAAUGAAGAUGAGAAGAAGGAUGAAGAUUUAAGAUUCCUAAGGCGACAGGAGCUGAGAGAAUUGCGGUUGCUUCAGAAGGAGGAGCAGCGCUCCCAGGCCUUGCUCAACGGAAAACUCAUGCAGCAGCGUGACCUCACCAUUCGUCGCUUCGAGACGGAGAUGUCUGCGAAACGUCGCUACUUUGAUGGGGAAAUUGAGAAACUGGAACGGGAGCAGAAGCAGCGCAUCGAGAAGAUGGAGCAGGAGCACACGGCUCACCUACGUGAGGAGGCCAAACGCAUCAAGGCAGAGCAGGACCGGGAUCUUGCCAAGUUUCAUGAGACACAGAAGCAUCGCAAGAAGGAGGUUAAGAGCGAGGUGGAAAAACUGCCCAAAUCAGUGCGAAAGGAUGCACUGAAAAGAAAGAAGGAAGAGCUUGUGCAGACACAGCAGAAUGAGGAUGUCGCGCAAGCUGUGGUGAAGUCGUACCACAUUUCCUCCAGCAUUCUCAUCGGUCUUCAGUCGAGAGAUGAACAAGAGUUCAUCAGCAAACAGCAGCAUGAUCUCGACGGAUCCCUUAAGAAACUGAUUCAGCAGCACAAGCAGGAGGUUGCUGAUGUCGAAAGGGAAUUCCUCAACAGCAAACAACAGCUGUUGAGAGAAAAAGAAGCUUCAAUCUGGGAGUUGGAGGAAAGACACCUGCAUGAGAAACACCAAUUAUUUAAACAGCAACUGAAAGACCAAUAUUUCCUUCAGAGGCACCAGUUGCUAAAGAGGCAUGAAAAGGAGCUGGAGCAAAUGCAGCGCUAUUCUCAGCGCAUGCUGGAGGACCUGAAGGCCCGGCAGGCCCAGGAGCGAGCACGCCUUCCGAAGAUCCAGCGCGGGGAGGCAAAGACGCGCAUGACCAUGUACAAAAAGAGUCUUCGCAUCAACCCCAUCGGUUCUCCAGAGCAAGAUCGUGAAAGAAUCAAACAGUUUGCCCAGCAAGAGGAGAAGAGGCAGAAAGCCGAGAAGCAACAGCAGGCGCAGAAGCACGAAAACCAGAUGAGAGAUCUGCAGAUGCAGUGUGAUGCUAAUAUACGUGAACUUCAGCAGUUACAGAAUGAGAAGUGUCACCUACUGGUGGAGCAUGAGACCAUGAAGUUGAAGGAGCUGGAUGAGCAGCACACCCAGGAGCUGAAGACGUGGCGCGACAAGCUUCGCCCACGCAAGCAGGCACUGGAGGAGGAGUUCGCACGAAAGCGGCAAGAGCAGGAGAUGUUUUUUGCCACGAGUGGCGAAUCGGAGUGCUUGAACCCCAGUGCCCCCAGCCGUAUCGCCAAGUUCUACCCAGUCACGACCUCCCAGUCAACUGGCUUCUGAAAAAAUUUCUGCUGGCUGUUGACACUGGAAUGCAGAUGCUUACUAAUUUAAAAUCAUAUUUUUUUUGUACUUGCAGAACAUUUAUCACACAAAAGCCUUGUGUAAACUGUGAUUGUUGACUUGGAUAACAUUGUAGCAAACUGUUAAUCGUACCGUUAUUUUUUUAAACUUCAACUACAUUACUGUUUCCAUUUUAAAAUGUAUUGUCAUAAUCUUGGUUUCAAAGCAAACACUUGGAAAAUGUUAUAGUUUGACAUUGGUCAAUUGAUAAACAAUAUCAGACAGUGUAGCACCUCCAAUUCAUAACCACAUUGGAAAUAUCAAAACACAUUACACACGUUAAUGCUUUAUGUAAUGUUGAGAAAUUUAAAGGGUGUGAUAUUAAAAUAAUUGAACAUUAUUUGACGGGCUUAUUUUACAAAACCACAGUAAUGCAUUCCUAACUUUUCAACCAGAUGUGGAAUUGUUUACUCUUGAUUGCAGUUAAGCUUUUAACAGUUGUUUGAUUCUAGAUGCGAAUUAUAGAACUAUACCCUCCCACCUGAACCUUGCUUUGAAAUCCCCUUCCAAAGUGGUCAUAGCUAUAGCCUGACAAUUAAAAUGAGCCAAGGGAAAAUGCAUAAUCUAUGCUAAGAAUAAUGGACAGGAUGGAACUUUACUAUAAGGUUUGGGUGAGACAGGUUUAAGCAGCAAAUUUUUGACGUAAUUUGUAAAGCGAAAUAAUAAAAUAACAUCAAUGGACAGUAUUAAAAGCACAUGGAAGCAUAGUGUAAAAGGGACCACGGUGUAUGCUGUGCAGACUAUAGUCAUGGAUGGUGGCUAAUUGGUUUUAUUUGACGCGGGUAAGGAAUAUUCAGCCCGAUGGCCGAUGUCCGUAACGAGUUUUCACAGAGUGGUUUUUAACACCAAAUUUCACCAGAUCACUUAAGCACUUUCCCCUCCCCAUCAACCUUUAGCCAGAUAGUAUUGUAGUGCCGUAGAUGGGCCACAGUAUUAUGCAGCAGCGACUUUUCGGGUGAAUGCAAAUAUUAUUCAUAUGAAUGCUAUAUAUGGAUGGAUAGAUGCGCAACUUGAAUAAAAGCGAAAGCAAUAGAAAUCUACGUUGCAUAGAUUUAACAAACAAGCUUAUAUUUUUUUGUAACAAAAACGUGUACAAAAUAUACCGUCUAUAUAGCGUUUGAUGUAGCUCAGUGCAUAUGCUAUAAAUUGAUAGAAAAAUUACAUUACAACAUGUUGCCGUGGAGUUUUGAUAAACCUGUGGACUUAUAACAUGGCUUGCUAAAUGUGUAUGAAACAUUAGAAUUUGCAUGUUUGAACUGUUUAUCUUUUUGAUUUUGAUGCUGCUUUUGGAGGACAAAGAUCGUGUCCGGAUAAUAUUUUUGAAAGUUUUAUUUAAAAGGGUGCCGUAAAACGUAUCGAGUGACAAAGUUGACAUUCGGUGUUGUGUUAAACAGUAUAUUUUUUCACGUACAGUUCAGAUUGUUAUUUUACCGUGCCCUUUUAAAGACUAAUUCAGAGUGAAGGUAGCCUGAUAAAAUGUGCUCUGAAGCCGCUGGUAUGUGUAGGAGUAUAGCAUGCGGCAGUAGGAAAGCUGUUAAUACCCCCCCCACCCUCCCAUCUCAUGUUGUGACAUUGUGAUUUAAAAGUUGGGAAAUAGGCGCCCUGUAUUCAAAGGAAAACAAGCUGUGUUAUACUACUGUAAAUGGUUGUGGACAGCUGACACCUUUUAUUCUCUAAAAACUGGUCAAUUUGCUACUGUUAUUUUCUCGAGUACUUGAAUAGGAUGUGUACCUAGUCCCGUUUUUCUUUAUGCACGUGCAUGGAAUAUCUUGUCGAUGACAUAGUGUCAUGCUGAACGCAGUUAAGCUUAGGAUGGGCUGUGUUUGGACAGAUGCUUCGUCCAUAAUGCUUCUUCUGGCUAUCAAGCAUGAAGUUGAAAGGAAAGGUAGAAGUUUAUAAACUCAAGGCAUUCACAUAGACACUUCAUGUUCCCUACUUACUUGCGAAACAAUCUUAGAGAUUGGUUCUCAAUAGUCAUUGCUUGGAAGUGCCGCUUUAAUAGGACAGCUAUUUCUGUGUUGACCUCAUGACCUCAAUGCAAUUUAAUUUAAUGUUAAGGCCUUCAAGAUGAGGUUGAAAGGAUAACAUGUCUUAUUAAAGCCCCACGAGGUAUCUGAGCAUGGCAGGUGAAUAAUUUGAGUGCCUAACUGUUGUCAGAGAAAUGGAAAGCUGUUGUCAAAAUCCUACAACCACACGUUGAAGCCACAAUACCGAAGAGAACACUUUACAGUAGUCUAACCUGUAUGUUUGACUUCUCAUUUGCAGUCAAUAAAAUGCAAUGUUUGUAGUGAUGUA